UCUUCCGAGGCUGAACAAUGGCUAGCAUAUCAGGAUUAAAAUGAGGGGAUAGGAAGAUUUCUCCAAAUUUUCGGACAAGUUUUGCAGAUGAGAAUAAAAGGGAAGUAGGUUGAAAUGGUGUACCUGAGUAGAUGCUACCCGGAGAGCCGACAGCUACUCCUGUUCAUGGUAAUUCUAGCAGCCUGGGAGUCCGGAAGCGGCCAGCUCCAUUACUCGGUCCCCGAGGAGGCCAAACACGGCACCUUCGUGGGCCGCAUCGCGCAGGACCUGGGGCUGGAGCUGGCGGAGCUGGUGCCGCGCCUGUUCCGGGUGGCGUCCAAGGAGCGCGGGGACCUUCUGGAGGUAAAUCUGCAGAAUGGCAUUUUGUUUGUGAAUUCUCGGGUCGACCGGGAGGAGCUGUGCGGGCGGAGCGCGGAGUGCAGCAUCCACCUGGAGGUGAUCGUGGACAGACCGCUGCAGGUUUUCCACGUGGAGGUGGAGGUGAAGGACAUUAACGACAACCCGCCUGUGUUCCCCGCCACACAAAAGAAUUUGUUUAUUGCGGAAUCCAGGCCGCUUGACUCUCGCUUUCCACUAGAGGGCGCAUCGGAUGCAGACGUCGGAGCCAAUGCCCUGCUCACUUACAGACUGAGCCCCAAUGAGUAUUUCUCACUGGACAUACCACCCCGCCACGAACAGGUAAAGCCUCUUGGGCUUGUCUUACGGAAACCUUUAGACAGGGAGGAAGCUCCCGAGCUAUAUUUGUUGCUCACCGCCACCGAUGGAGGCAAACCCGAGCUGACCGGCUCCGUUCAGGUAAUCAUCACGGUGCUGGAUGCCAACGACAAUGCCCCAGUUUUCCACCGGACGCUUUAUACGGUGAAAUUGCCGGAGGAUGUUUCUAUUGGGACGCUGGUAAUAAACGCCAACGCCUCCGAUGCGGACGAGGGCGUGAACGGAGAGAUUAUUUACGCAUUCUCCAGUGAUGUUUCUCCAGACAUAAAAUCCAAGUUCCACAUAGACGCCGUGAGUGGGGAAAUUACGGUGAUAGGACUGAUUGAUUUUGAAGAAAGUAAAACCUACAAAAUUCAAGUAGAGGCAGUUGAUAAAGGCUCUUUGCCCCAGGCUGGUCACUGUACCGUUCUUGUGGAAGUUGUGGAUGUUAACGACAACGCUCCACAGUUGACUGUCACUUCCCUGUCUCUCCCUGUCUCUGAAGACACGCAGUUGGACACAGUCAUUACUUUGAUCAGCGUUUUCGACCGCGACUCUGGUGUCAACGGACAGGUGACCUGCUCCCUCAUGCCUGAUGUGCCCUUCAAGCUGAUAUCCACCUUCAAGAACUAUUAUUCCCUGGUGCUGGACAGCGCCUUGGACCGGGAGAGCUCUUCUGGCUACGAGGUGGUGGUGACCUCCAGGGACGGGGGCUCGCCCUCGCUGUGGACCACGGCCACCGUGUCCGUGGAGGUGGCCGACGUGAACGACAACGCGCCGGUGUUCGCGCAGGCCGAGUACACGGUGUUCGUGAAGGAGAACAACCCGCCGGGCUCCCCGAUCUUGACGGUGUGCGCGCGCGACGCGGACGCGCAGGAGAACGCGCGCGUGUCCUACUCGCUGGUGGAGCGGCGGGCGGCGGUGGUGGAUGUGAACGUGUACCUGAUCAUCGCCAUCUGCGCGGUGUCCAGCCUGUUGGUGCUCACGCUGCUGCUGUACACGGCGCUGCGCUGCUCGGCGGCACCCACGGAGAGCGCGUGCGGGCCUGGGAAGCCCACGCUGGUUUGCUCGAGCGCGGUGGGGAGCUGGUCGUACUCGCAGCAGAAGGGUCAGAGGGUGUGCUCUGGGGAGGGCCUGCCCAAGACGGACCCGCCCAAGCCGGACCUCAUGGCCUUCAGUCCCAGCCUUCCACCAUGUCCAGAACCAGGAAAUGUAGACAAACUGCAAGGUUAUACCUUAGAGGAUGGCAUUCAUACGAGUAAGUGCUCCUUUUCUCCCAUGAGAAAAUUUCACCAUUCGUUUUUACUCUUUGUGACGAAGGAGAACACAGAAAAAUGA